AUGGGUAAUGAAGCUGUCACUCCGGCACCUACUUGUUGGGUGUCCGCGGAGCCGAGGCGCACAGAGGGCGAGCGGAGCCCGCGGGAGGGGAGCGGUGGCGGAGCGCUCCGGGCGGCCCCGCCGGCAGCCCAUGCCCUGCGCCCCCCGGCGCGCUGCGGGCGGCUCCCCCGCCGCCCAUGCCGCGAGCGGCCGCCGGUCCGUGGCCGGUGGGCUCGGCGGGCUCCUCUGAGGCGGCCGCGCGGAGCAGCAGGCAUGCGGGGCGCCGGCCGGCGGAGCCGGGCCCCCCGCGCCGUCGCGCUCGGCCUGGCGCUGCUCCUCGCCUCCUGCGUGCAGGUGUCCCGGUCCACGGGCUAUUUCGAGCUGCAGCUUAACUCGGUGCGGAAUGUAAACGGCGAGUUGUUAAAUGGGGAAUGCUGCGAUGGCAUGAAAAACCCCCAGAACCUGGACUGUACCCGGGACGAGUGCGACACUUACGUGAAAGUCUGCCUCAAGGAAUAUCAGGCCAAGAUCACUCCGGUCGGACCCUGCAACUACGGAUUCGGAUCUACCCCCGUUCUCGGUGGAAAUAUUUUCUAUUUGAACAGCCACAAAUACUCCCAUCAAGGCAGAACCCCCGAGACGGGCAGGAUUGUUAUUCCCUUUCAGUUUGCGUGGCCGAGAUCGUUCACAUUAAUAAUAGAAGCAUGGGAUUGGGAUAAUGAUACAAAAGCUGGUGAAGACUUGUUAAUAGAACGAGUGGCACAUGCUGGCAUGAUCAACCCAGAAGAUCGAUGGAAGACACUACAAUUUAAUGGUCCUGUUGCCCAUUUUGAAGUACAAAUAAGAGUGAAGUGUGAUGAAAAUUACUACAGUGCUCUGUGCAAUAAAUUUUGUGGUCCUCGAGAUGAUUUUGUUGGUCACUACACAUGUGAUCAAAAUGGAAACAAAGCCUGCAUGGAAGGUUGGAUGGGAGAAGAAUGUAAACAAGCUGUAUGUAAACAAGGAUGUAAUUUGCUCCAUGGGGGUUGCAGUACACCUGGGGAAUGCAAGUGUCAUUAUGGUUGGCAAGGACAGUUCUGUGAUGAGUGUGUCCGCUACCCAGGCUGUGCUCAUGGGAGCUGUAAUGAACCAUGGCAGUGUAAUUGUGAAACCAACUGGGGUGGCCUGCUCUGUAACAAAGAUCUGAAUUACUGUGGAAAUCACCAUCCCUGCCUGAAUGGUGGAACCUGUAUGAAUACUGAACCAGAUGAAUACCGCUGUGCUUGCCCAGAUGGCUACUCUGGAAAGAACUGCGAAAUUGCGGAGCAUGCUUGCGUAUCAAAUCCCUGUGCUAAUGGUGGAAUUUGUCACGAAAUUUCAUCAGGCUUCAAGUGUCACUGCCCAUCAGGGUGGAGUGGACCAACAUGUGCUAUUGAUAUUGACGAAUGUGCAUCUAACCCUUGUGCUCAAGGAGGGACCUGUAUUGAUGGUGUUAAUGCAUUUGAGUGUAUAUGUCCACAACAGUGGAUUGGAGCAACAUGUCAGCUUGAUGCUAAUGAGUGUGAGGGGAAACCCUGUGUUAAUGCUUACUCUUGCAAAAAUCUCAUUGGUGGAUAUUACUGUGACUGCAUUCCAGGAUGGACAGGAGUAAAUUGUCAUAUCAAUAUAAAUGACUGUCAUGGACAAUGUCAACAUGGAGGGACUUGUAAGGAUGAAGUGAAUGAUUACCGUUGCUUAUGCCCUCGUGGUUUCACAGGAAAAAACUGUGAGACAGAAACAAAUGAGUGUGAAAGCAAUCCAUGCCAAAAUGGAGGCCGUUGCAAAGACCUGGUGAAUGGAUUCAGUUGCCUGUGUUCACAGGGCUUCUCAGGAGUCUUCUGUGAGAUGGAUAUUGAUUUCUGUGAACCUAAUCCUUGCCAGAAUGGGGCUAAAUGCUAUGAUCUGGGAGGAGAUUAUUACUGUGCCUGCCCUGAUGACUACGAUGGAAAGAAUUGUUCUCAUCUCAAGGACCACUGCAAGAACAAUUCUUGUAAAGUAAUAGACAGCUGUACAAUAGAAGUCUUCACUAAUGCUACCCAAGAAGGAAUCCGUUUCAUUUCGUCUAAUGUUUGUGGGCCUCAUGGACGGUGUAUUAGUCAGCCAGGAGGGAAUUUUACUUGUGCCUGUGAAAGAGGUUUUACUGGAAUAUAUUGUCAUGAAAAUAUCAAUGAUUGUCUUGGGAAACCUUGCAAGAAUGGUGGGACAUGCAUCGAUGAAGUUGAUUCAUUUAGAUGUUUCUGCUCAAGUGGCUGGGAAGGAGAAUUGUGUGACACAAAUUUCAAUGACUGUUCUCCUAACCCAUGUCACAACGGUGGCCGAUGCAUUGAUUUGGUAAAUGACUUCUAUUGUGAAUGUAAGAAUGACUGGAAAGGCAAAACUUGCCAUUCACGUGAAUACCAAUGUGAUGCGAAUACUUGUAGCAAUGGUGGAACAUGCUAUGAUGAUGGAGACACAUUCCGCUGUUCAUGUCCUCCAGAAUGGAUAGGAAGUACUUGCAACACUGCUAAAAACAGCAGCUGUAUUCCAAACCCUUGCAUGAAUGGCGGAACAUGCGUUGGCAGUGGCGAUUCCUUUUCUUGCAUCUGCAAAGAAGGAUGGGAAGGACGUACAUGCACUCAGAAUACCAAUGACUGCAACCCUCAUCCAUGUUACAAUGGAGGCAUCUGUGUUGAUGGUGUGAAUUGGUUUCGAUGUGAAUGUGCGCCUGGGUUUGCUGGUCCUGACUGCAGAAUUAAUAUUGAUGAAUGCCAGUCUUCCCCUUGUGGAUAUGGUGCCACUUGUAUAGAUGAAAUAAAUGGAUACCGAUGCACUUGUCCCCCUGGAAGAAUUGGUCCGAGGUGCCAAGAAGUUAUUGGAAUUGGAAAACCUUGCUGGCAUAAAGGAAUGACCUUUCCCCAUGGCAGCAGGUGGGAUCAAGAAUGCAACAACUGCCACUGUUUGGAUGGCCGUAUUGACUGCACCAAGGUGUGGUGUGGGAAAAAACCUUGUCUGUUACACAAACACUGGGAUAAUUCAAAUAACCAGUGUCCCAUGGGUCAAGAAUGCCAGGAGAAGUAUAUGAAAUGUUUUCAGCCACCAUGCACAGACUGGGGAGAAUGCAGUGCCUCUGAACCUCUGCCUGCCAAUAUCAAGUGUCUGCCUAAUUCUGGAUACUUGGACAAUGACUGUGCUAGAAUUACUUUAAUUUUUAAUGGAGACAAAGUCCCCCAGGGCACUACAACUGAAAAUAUCUGUUCUGAAAUCCGGUAUUUACCAGCUACUAGAACUGUUUCUAGGGACAGAACUCUGAUAAUAUUAUGUGAUCUGUCUUACUCCACAGAGAAUGCAGUGGAAGUUGCUAUUUCUUUUGUCCCGCAUCGAGAUGAACAAGAUAAUAGUCUCAUACAGAAUGCUGCUAAUACAAUAGUAAAUGCAAUCACUAAGCGGCAAAACAGCACUGUUAUGUUGGCAGUAACUGAAGUCAAAGUAGAGACCAUCGUUGUUGGGAAUUCAUCAUCAGAUUAUUUGGUUCCAAUUCUUUGUGCAGUAUUUAGCAUUGUAUGGCUGACUUGUAUAAUCGUCUGCGUGUGGUGGACUCGGAAGAGAAGAAAAGAGAGAGAGAGAAGUCGUCCUCCCAGAGAAGAGGGUGCCAAUAACCAGUGGGCACCCUUAAAUCCCAUAAGAAAUCCUAUAGACAGAUCUUACAGUAACAAAGACAUUCGUUAUGAAUGCAAAAACUUCAUAUCUCCUCAAAAAAGAACUUGUGAUGCAGUAGAGGAGUAUGUAGAGUAUGAGGAAGAGGAGGAUGAAGAGGAGGAAAGAGAUGAGGAAAUGGACAAAUUCCUCUCUCGCAAACUCACAAAGCCUUUGCCGACAAAGGCAUCUGACACGUCAGAGAGCAGUCCAGUAAAGAAAUCCCAUCAAAUAGGCAAAAUGGACAACAGAUCUGUAAAAAAUGUGAAUGCAUCAAACUUUGAAGGCAGUAGAGACUAACCUGUAUUUGGAAUGUGGGCAGACUGUGCCUGCGCUUUCUGGGGAGGGGUAAAAUUGACAUCUCCGCUUUGCAUCAAGGACUAAAAAUAUCUGGAGUCAAAUGUUCAUAGUUUCUUUAUUUUGCGUAAAAAAAAUUAAAUAAAUAAAUAAAAAGAAUAAAUAAAAUUUAUU